AUGGAUUUCGCCUCCCUGAUGUCCGCUCAGAUUAAUAAGAGCAAAUCCCAGACCACUACCGACUCAUCUAAAAAGUAUCUUAAGCGCUCUGAGGUAGAAGCGCAACGUCAGGCCGAUUACCUCGCUGAGCAGCAAGCCAUCGAAGAAGCGCGCCUCGCCAAGCUAGAGAGAAAGCGCAAGUAUGAGGAAGAUGAAGCUGAGCGCAACCGCGAGCGAGAAGAGAAGCGGCAGAGGUUAGCCGAGCAGUCGCGCAAGCGGCGGGAGGAGGAGGAGGAGGAGGCCGAGCGGAAACGGAGGAAGAAGUUGGGACUGCCGGAGCUGCCGCCCAAGAAGAAGGACGGGGAGAAGGAGGACACGCCCCUGCCGGAGGGCGAAGAUGAUAUUCCGGAUGAGGAGCUGGUUACCAAGUUACGGGAGCUGGAUGAACCUGCACGCCUUUUCGGAGAGAGCCACCGACAGCGGCUUCGACGGUACAAUCGGCUGACGGGACGUUCGGUAUCUGGAACACCGGCGCCUGUUUUGAGCGACGGACCGAUACCAACUGUCCUCCAGCUGGUCCCUGAGGCAGAGAUGAAAGUGCCACCGAAGCCUCCAAAAGAUGCCGCAGGGCGAAAGUUUCUGUUCCGGCAGCUAGCUUCUUAUUUCACAAUGGUACUGCGAGAAUGGGAGGUAGCAUUAGCACAGCGGCCCGUGGAAGUCAAGACGAGCUUUCAAGGCAAAGCGGCGUACAACGCCAUGGUGCAAGCACGGGAGAACAUGCGGCCGCUCUUCAAGAAGCUUGAAAAGGGAGAGCUAGAAGAAAGCAUCUUGGAGCCCGUGGUCGAGAUCGUCAAAGCAGCGCAAGAGAGGAGAUACGUCGAUGCGAACGACGGGUAUCUCAGAUUGAGUAUCGGCAAAGCGGCGUGGCCUAUCGGAGUCACCAUGGUUGGUAUUCACGAGCGCUCGGCAAGAGAAAAGCUCCACGAAAGUGACAAAGGAUCGGCGCAUAUCAUGAGCGACGAGGUGACGCGAAAGUUUCUCCAGAGUAUCAAGAGGUGCUUGAGCUUUGCGCAGACACGGUGGCCACCGGAUGAUCAGUUGCAAUUGAUGGGUUGA